UAUAAAACCCAAUUCCAACCAGAUUUUGAAAUUCCCGGGAAAAAAACAGAGUCCCCCCUCCAGAACAGAGAAAAGAGAAAACCGGAAUGGAUGAAGUCUUUGAUCAGUACUAUCAGUCGGCCGGAAACAUUUUCGCGGCCGAAGAUACUUUCUGGGUGGGAGAAGAAGAGGUCUUUCCGGCAGACCAGAGCGCUUUCGCCUGGCACGAAGAACAGAACGGACGAAGCCCCCUUCGCAACAGAGACAAGAAAAACAGAGUGGACGAAGUGUUUCAGUACUAUCAGUCGCCCGGAAAUAUUUUCACGACCGAAGAUACUUUCUGGGUGGGAGAGGAGGUCUUUCCGGAAAACCAGAGCGCUUUCGUCCGGCACGAGGAACAGAAUGGACGAAGUCCCCUUCAAAACAGAGAAAAGAAAAACAGAAUGGACGAAGUCUUUCGGUCAGCCGGAAAUAUUUUCGAGACCGAAGAUAUUGUCUGGGUGGGAGAAGAGGCCUUUCCGGCGAAUCGGAGCACUUUCAUCCGGUACGAAGUGGGUCCCGGCGGAGGUUCCGGGGGAAAGACUCUGGGUGCGAAGCGUAAUUAUCUGAAUGUGAACAAGAGGAUGAUCGAGUUCAUGAGGAGGAGGUGGAACCCGGUGGCGGAGGGGGGAGAGUACGAGAGAGAGAGGUGUCGCAGGCACAUGAUAAACGAGCGGAUGAGGAGAGAGAAGCAGAAGAACAGCUACUCCUCCCUCCGCUCCCUUUUGCCGCCUCGUACUAAGAGUGAUAAGAAUUCAAUUAUUCAAGAGGCAGCCAAGGAGGUGCAAGAGCUGCAGAGACAUAGGGAAGAAUUGGAGAGGAGAAACAGAGAGAUUGAGGGCAUUUUGGCAGAAAGGGAAAGGGGGAAGAAUGAGGGAGCUAAGAUCAAGUUAAGAGUAGCUAAUCCUAGAUCUGGGGUUGAUUCCAUGGUGGAGGUCCUAAAAUGUUUGAAGAACAUGGGGUCCAAAACUGGAGCCAUCCAAUCCAACUUCUCAGCUCAGGAAUUUUCAGCAGUUUUGGGGAUUGAAUCUGAGAAGGAAGCAGCAGAAGUGGAAAAGGCUGUGCAAAGAUCAUUAUUUGAAGUUGAGAGGAAACUUCCUUUCCAUUUCCCAAAUUGAAGAAAUAUUGCAAAGCAAGCAGUCAAGGGAAUUUUGAAUACCUCACCCCCAGCCCCAGUACACGAAAUCAGCACGUGGGGGAAUGUUCGUCUGUCUGUCGAGAAUAAAUGCUUUACAUCGUCGGUAUAAACAUUUAUUUCUUCUAAAUCAAUUAUAUUGUGUCACGUCGCCAUAUUCUAUUGAUUGGAAUCACUGUUUUACAACGUGGCGCGAUGUAAUUGAUUUGAAAGAAAUAAAUGUUUACACCGACGGUGUAAAGAAUUUAUUUUCCUGUCUGUUUGGCUGCUAGAGUAAUUUUUUUGAAUUCUUGUAAAUUUUUUACUUUAAUUGGGGAAGCAACUGGGAAGUUUGGCUUGGAUUU